AUGACAACCAAUUUAGUAGUCGGCGGAUUAUUCAAUGCGAUCGCCUUUGCAAGCGCGGGAUUUUUAUUUUCCCAUUUGAAUCAAAACGGGUACAAAGAAGAAGUGAAAAGACAUAAUCAUGCGCUGGAAGAAUUAGCGGCGGCCAAGGAAAAAUUUUACGAAUCCGAAGUGAAAAGACGGAACGAUGAAAUACGACGACGACAAGAAAUCUUAGAUGCGAAUCACGAUAUCGAAGAGACGAAUAAAGCGUUGGAUGCAUUACGAAAUUAUAAUCGUCGACGGGAUUUGAAUGCGUUAGAUCGUAAACCGAAAUUCGAAGAUUAUUAUCAACCGUCGGACGAAAUGCAAAAAUAUAUGUACGUGACGAUGGGAGUCGUCGGACUCGGUAGCGGAUACAUACUGACACGAAUUUUCUAA